GAUUCACUUUUAGGAAAAUAGUAGAUAUUUUAAAUAUCAGUCAAUGUCUUUAUUUUUGCAAUCAAUGACCGCACAGCCACGCGCAGGGAUUCCAGUUGGAGGGAAAUGCUGCAUUUAAGUCUGCUCCGAUCCAUAUUUUACUGUAAAAGUGAAAUCCCAUGGACUGUCCAAUAUGCAGUUGCCUAGCUAUUUUCAUCUACCUUUUACUCAGAGGAUUUACCAUUGCUGUAUUGCACUCCAACCAGUAUUGGAGUGAUCUGUAUCUAGGAUUCAAUGUUUGGUCAUGACUUGUGACAGUGACGCGCCAGUUGUAGGGGGCGCAACUCAAACCGAGAAUUUUCUCGGAUGAAGUUAAAGAUACAUGCCAAAGCGUAACAGUGAAUCACAAACUGAAGCGUAGACUUCCUGAAAGUUGGUAUUUUGGCAAUGGUGAGAAAAUAUUUAUUUAUUGCUGCUUUUUCUAAUUAAUUCUGCUGGUUUGGCUUCUCAAAGUAGCGGAAGGCUGCCCCACAAGGCAAGUAGGAGCAGGAUUACAUGUGGGUUCUGCCCAUAACAUUAAAUUCGCCUAAAGUUACGGUUCAACUUAUUUGAUAAUUAUAGUGCUAUUCAGCUCCUCCUAUUCAUUGGGUGAUAUGGAAUUUUGUUUAUUUCAAAACCCUUAUCAACUAGAACAGUUAGUCAGACCAUACAAGGACUUUUUAAGUUUAAGCACAUUAUGUCUAAAUGGGUAGUUGUUUGGAUCGGUAGUGGGAAAUGUGCAAUUCGGGGAAAUUGUUCCAGUGAAUAGAGGUACAAUUGUUUUAACAAUGCCAGACAAAAGGUUGCUGGGAAUUGGUUUUGUGUUGUGUUUUAUCUAUGUACAAAUAAAAUCGACUGAAGGGGUGUCUAGCAAGGGUUUUGCAGCAACCAAUCUGCAGUCUUUGCAGUGGAGAGGGCUUAUUGAUCCUUGCCCCAUUGAACCCAAUAAUGCGAGUUUUGAGCAAGGGCACGGAAACAAUCUUAGGUUGCAAUUACAUCAUGUUUAUAGUUCAUGUUCCCCAAUAAAGAGGCCUGCCAAUAUGUCAUUGGCUGAAGUUGCUCAGAAGAUUCUUGCAAGCGAUGUCGCAAGGGAGAAUUCAUAUACUGUUUACUCAAGCGGGGAUUUGUUGAGUUGGGUUGCAUCAGGGGAGACCAUUGGUACAGGGAACUACAUUGUGAGAGUAGGAUUUGGCACCCCUUCUUCUGGAAUGUAUGUUCUAAUUGACACAGGCAGUGACAUUACAUGGAUCCAGUGUGAUCCCUGCCCUCAAUGUUACAAGCAGCGGGAUGCUCUUUUCCAGCCCAUGGGAUCCACCUCCUACAGGGCCUUGCCCUGCAACUCAACCACAUGUCAGCAGCUCAAGAGCUUUGCAAAGGUAUGCUUGAAUUCCUCUUGCAAUUAUAGAGUUUCCUAUGGAGACAGUUCGACAACAAAAGGGGACUUUUCCCUUGAUACUUUAACACUGACAUCUAGUGAUACAAAUCUUGUUUCAGUACCGGAUUUUGCAUUUGGAUGUGGACAUGCCAAUAAAGGUUUGUUUAGUGGGGCUGCAGGGUUGCUGGGUUUGGGACAAAGCUCCAUUGGAUUCCCAUCUCAGACCUCCUCAGCCUUUGGGGAAGUAUUUUCAUAUUGUUUUCCUAGUGUGUCUUCUUCUGUGCCUUCUGGAUUUUUACACUUUGGAGAAGCAGCCAUAUUGGACUAUGACGUGCAGUUUACCCCUUUUGUGGGUAGCAGAUCCAGCUCUUCUCAGUAUUUUAUAAAAAUGACAAAUGUUAGUGUUGGUGAUGACAUACUUGCCAUAUCUACAGCCAUUAUGGUUGAUUCAGGCACAGUAAUUUCUCGGUUAGAGCAAUCUAUUUAUGGUAAAUUGAGAGACACCUUCAACCAAAACAUGCCCAAAUUGCAAAUAGCUUCCCCGGUUUCGCCCUUUGAUACCUGUUUCCAAGUUUCUUCUAUAUAUGAGAUAAACAUACCUUUGAUUACCUUGCAUUUCCAAAACAAUGUAGAUCUUCAUUUGACUCCUGUGCAUGUACUUUAUCCUGCUGAUGAGGGAGUUAUGUGCUUUGCAUUUGCUCCUAGUUCCUCUGGACGCUCUGUGCUAGGCAAUUUCCAACAGCAGACCUAUAAAUUUGUCUAUGACAUACCCAAUGCAAGGUUGGGUAUUUCUGCAUUAGAAUGCAAUUGAUAAGAGGGUGGUUUUGUAAAGGACAAGUGAUGUUGUGAGGGAAAACUCUGAGAAGUUGAUUGCAAUCAAAGGAAGCUACCUGGUUCUUAGCGAAGUUUCAGAUGUCGACUACUUAAAUCUUGUAAGAAAUUGACUAUAUCUGUACGUAUGUGUAUGUGGAGCUUAGGAAGAUUGAAAAGGUUUGAUUCAUCACAAAUCUUAUGAAAGUGUCUAUGGACAAGAGGUGCAAAUUUGAGACAACUUUAAGUUUCUUUGUUCCACAAGGGGGACUGAUAUGCCCAUGAGGGGUACUGGUCAGUCUGACCUGAAAUAAUUGCCAUAUCAGCCCCCAAUUCAUAUUUUUCUCAUACUGCGGAAAACUUCUAUUGCAGUAUGUAGGUGAAACUGGACAAGCACCCUAUGGUAUUUGUAUUUUUCAAUUUAUUAUUCCAUUAUUCACAAGUUAUGAUUUAGAUUGUAAUCAUCUUAUUUACCCUUGCAUCUUUUUAGUGAUUUAAGCUGUUUGAUCCCACUGUACUUAACUGUGAUCAAUUAAAA